UUCCACACAUAUAUACACAAAAGCGGCACCAUGCAAGACAUAGAACGGGCACACGUUCCUAAAGAUGUGGAUGUUGCGGCAGCUUCAAGAGGAGUUUGGCUCGUCAAAGUACCGAAGUAUCUGUCAGAAAAGUGGAAGAAAAGUUCAGGAAAUAAUGAUGUUGGGAAGCUGAAAAUAACAACCUCUAAGUUUCCUGAUCAGAAACCAAAUGUUGUGUUCACACUGAAUGACAGUCUUGCCAAUCAGAAGAUACCGGGAGAGCAGCCAUGUCCUAAAGAACACAAGAUGAAACUCACAGGGCUGGGUAACCAGAACCUUGUUGUAUUCUCUCAAGUACCAUUACCUACCUCCAAAGAAGGAGAAGCGGGAAAGUCUGAGUCCAUGCCCACAGAGAAAAUUGCCCUGGAGGGCCGAGUAAUUCAGCGGGCAGAAUGUACACCAUUGAUCAAAGAUCACAAAUAUCUCGACCUAAAAAGACUGCAUACGGAGGUUACCAACCGUCCAAGGAGAGAGGUCAUACAGAUCGAUACUGUCGUAACGUCUUACAAACCUGUCAGUAACCACAAAUUCAAUAUAAUGCACGAUGAAAAGGUGAAGAAUGAUGGAAAGAGGCUACGAGCCGACAAAGACAAGGUUAUGGACAUGCUCUUCAAUGCAUUUGAAAAACAUCAGUAUUACAAUGUAAAGGACUUGGUUACUCUUACAAAACAGCCCAUCACGUAUCUAAAGGAAAUUUUGAAGGAGAUCUGCACAUAUAACAUGAAGGCUCCUCAUCGUAAUAUGUGGGAAUUAAAACCAGAAUACAGACAUUACAAGGAACAGGCCUCCACAGAUGGGUGACAGAUUGGACUCGGCUACAGUAAUAAAUACCAUCAAACAGAUGACAACUCUCAGAGACUCGGCUACAGUAAUAGAUACCAUCAAACAGUUAACUAAUAUUACGUCCCCCGGACUGAUAUUACUUCAUUCGGUGUGAUUUGGCAUCACCCGGCUGAUACUGCGUCACCUGUGGCUGAUAUUACGUCACCCGGGCUGAUAUUACGUCACCUGGGCUGAUAUUACUUCACCUGGGCUGAUAUUACGUCACCUGGGCUGAUAAUACGUCACCCGGGCUGAUAAUACGUCACUUGUGGGUGAUAUUACGUCAACUGGGCUGAUAUUACGUCACCCGGUGUGAUUUGACGUCACCCGGCUGAUAUUAUGUCACCUGUGGCUGAUAUUAUGUCAACCGGGCUGAUAUUAUGUCACCCGGGGUGAUUUUACAUCACCUGGCUGAUAUUACGUCAACCAGGCUGAUAUUACAUCCCCUGGGCUGAUAUUAUGUCACCCGGGGUGAUUUGACGUCACCCGGCUGAUAUUACGUCACCUGGGGUGAUAUUACAUCACCUGGGCUGAUAAUACGUCACCUGGGCUGAUAUUACGUCACCCAGGGUGAUUUGACGUCACCUGGCUGAUAUUACGUCAACUUGGCUGAUAUUACGUCACCUGGGCUGAUAUUACGUCACCCGGCUGAUAUUAUGUCACCUGGGCCGAUUUUACGUCACCUGGCUGUUAUUACAUCACCUGAGGUGAUAUUACGUCACUCAGGCUGAUAUUACGUCACCUGGGCUGAUAUUACGUCACUCGGGUUGAUAUUACGUCACUUGGGGUGAUUUGAUGUUACCCGGCUGUUAGUACGUCACAUGUGGCUGAUGUUACGUCAGCCAAGGGCUUAUAUUACGUCACCUUGGCUGAUAUUACAUCACCCAGGUUGAUAUUACGUCACCUGGGCUGAUAUUACGUCACUCGGGCUGACAUUACGUCACCUGGCAUGGGGUGAUUUGACGUUACCCGGCUGUUAUUACGUCACCUGUGGCUGAUAUUACGUCAGCCAAGGGGUAAUAUUACAUCAGCCAAGGGCUGAUAUCAAGGUCUAAAAUUUGUGAUAUCAAAAUUGUCACGUAAUAACCUUUAAAUAUUUAGUGCACAUUAGUUGCAGUAUUAUAAUAUAUAUAGAGAGAGGAUAUCAGACGGUAAGAAUUAAAUUAAUAUUUCUAUUUUGAUAUCCUGAAAUAAGCCAGUAUUUCCUGAUAAGAGGCUCUUAUGUCACUAUUGCUGUUUAUUUGACUGUUUUUGGCAUAUUCAGUCAGUAAUACAAGAUUGUAUGGGGAAAAAAUUGGUGAAUACAAGUUAUCAUUAAUAUGUGUAUUAUGAAAACACAGUUAUAUGAGGGAAGUAUGUGUUGCAUGUGGAUAUUACUGGUUUGUAUGUUUAUAUUGCAAGUGUAAGUGGUAAGUUGUAUAUACAUGUGCAUAGGGAUGAAAGUAUUAUUGUACAUGUUUAUACAGAGUAGAGCGAGUAUUGUUGUACAUGUAUAUACAGAGGAGAGCGAGUAUUGUUGUACAUGUACAGUCGACUGUAUAUAGAGGAGGGCGAGUAUUGUCGUACCUGUUUAUACAGAGGAGAGCGAGUAUUGUUGUACAUGUACAGUCGACUGUAUAUACAGAGGAGAGCGAGUAUUGUCGUACAUGUAUAUACAGAGGAGAGCGAGUAUUGAUGUUCAUGUUUAAACAGAGGAGAGCGAGUAUUGUUGUACAUGUUUAUACAGAGGAGAGCGAGUAUUGUCGUACAUGUAUAUACAGAGGAGAGCGAGUAUUGUUGUACAUGUUUAAACAGAGGAGAGCGAGUAUUGUCGUACAUGUAUAUACGGAGGAGAGCGAGUAUUGUUGUACAUGUAUAUACGGAGGAGAGCGAGUAUUGUUGUACAUGUUUAAACAGAGGAGAGCGAGUAUUGUCGUACAUGUAUAUACGGAGGAGAGCGAGUAUUGUCGUACAUGUAUAUACAGAGGAGAGCGAGUAUUGUUGUACAUGUAUAUACAGAGGAGAGUGAGUAUUGUCGUACAUGUUUAUACAGAGGAGAGCGAGUAUUGUCAUACGUGUUUAAACAGAGGAGAGCGAGUAUUGUUGUGCAUGUUUAUACAGAGGAGAGCGAGUAUUGUCGUACAUGUUUAUACAGAGGAGAGCGAGUAUUGUUGUACGUGUUUAUACAGAGGAGAGUGAGUAUUGUCAUACUUGUAUAAUAUUGGUCAGAUAAACCUGUCCAGACUGACACGCUUAGUAUGAUAUCAGAUUAACCUGUCUAAUCUGACAUUGGGAAUUAUAAUGGUCAGAUUUUCCUGUCUUAUCUGUAGUUUCAAGAUGUGUUUGUAUAGUCAUUUAGAACAUUUUGUAAAUGUUUUUUAUAUACAUUGUAUUUUGUGAACAUAUUUUCAAAAGAAAGUUUGCACUCCCUUGAUAGAAAACUGUACUUCAAAGAUAGCUCAGAUAAUAAUUUGAAAGUGAAGAGAUGAGAUUGUGAAAUACAUAUUAUAUGACCUGACUUUUUGACGAUAUGGAGUUAUUUGUUUAUAAAGCAGAGACUUACUUUUCUUUAGAUAUAUACAUACAUGUAUAGUAAUAGGAUGUUUUUUGAUGAGCCUUUCAAUGCCUUUGUUACAUCAGUAAGCUUGUCUUAAUUGAUGGAAGAUUGUGUUUUCUGUCUCCUGUCAUAAUGAAAAUUUUCAGGUGAAUGAGAAUGAAGAUUAGUUUUACAUUUCAGUGGAUGAAUCUUUUGUACGCAUGAAUAUUGUAGUGAUUUUGUAUGUUUGGUGCAUUUGUCUUUAAAACGAGACAAUUAAAAGAUGACAAAACAAUCUU